CGGCCACUUAACUCUCGUUACGUUGAAGACUUCCCAGACACCUUGAGAACCAAGAGAGAGCUAAUUAUCAUGCUAUACAAGUUGCUAUGGUUACUGAGUGUAAAGAAUAGCGCGGUGAACUUUCCAGUACCUGACUAUGGGGUAUUCACUCCCCUUAUGCCAACCAAGGUUUACAACGACACGCAAGUACCACCAGGAAAAUUUGGCGUCUUCAAUUUACCCAAUGGCAACGUAUCGUCAGUGAGUGCGUUAGUCAAUAAUCAGUAGUUUAGUCCAAAGCGCAACUAAUUAAAACCCCCAAAAUGUUCUGAUGACUUGCGCGAAAAAUUUAUCGUCAAUGAUAAAAUUCCCGCGUUUUCACGGUUGUUAGGUCUCUUAUGCCCCAUUACCGAGCAUUUGCGGAAGCUGGCUACCAAAUUUGUGGUGACGUCAUCGACGGAGAUCAAUUUCCCUGUACUCAUGAACAUAUGGCCUGAAGACGGGCUACUAAUUUCCGACAAACAUCCCCUUUUCCUUUUUAUGAGCGUUGUCUUUUUCGGCGGGUGUUCCUCGUGGUUAGUCGCAGUGAACCUUGGUACACUUCAUUACGAGACGUUAUUUGAUUACUAUUCACUGCUGUCCGAUCCUAAUGCCUCUAAACUCGUUGAGAAAUACUACAAUUUCUACAAAAAAGACAUAAGUUGCAAGUUAAAGCGCAGAAAUUGGAUGCGA